UCGUACGCUCAAUCACAGAACACCAACCAAUUCUACACGACACGAACAUAAAUCAAUAUUCAAUCAUUUAAAUCAAUUCAUAAAAACGUGCAUAACAAUACAAUCAACUAUGCACCUAACAGUAUGGUGAAUCAAGACUUGUGAAUGAUAUGUGAAGUGGUUUUUCCCUUAGCAAUACUAAGUGUAAUGAAGAAAUGAUUUUGAAAAAGAUUCAUUGAACAGAAUGAGAGGAGCGAAGGCAGUUUUUCUCAUUUUGUUUUUCGGCCAACUUUCUGCAUUACCUGAAACGAUACGAAUAGGGGGUCUCUUUCAUCCCGAGGACGACAAACAAGAGGUGGCGUUCAGAUACGCGGUGGAGAGGGUGAACGCAGACAGGGCUGUGUUGCCACGUGCCAAGCUACUCGCCCAGGUCGAAACAAUCUCCCCUCAAGACAGCUUCCAUGCAUCUAAAAGAGUAUGUCACCUCCUUCGAAGUGGAGUAGCAGCGAUCUUCGGGCCGCAAUCAGCACCAGCGGCCGCCCACGUCCAAUCCAUAUGCGACACAAUGGAGCUACCCCACUUGGAGACUCGAUGGGACUACAGAACGAGGCGAGAGUCCUGUCUCGUUAAUUUAUACCCGCAUCCAGCUGCUCUUAGCAGAGCGUACGUGGACUUAGUGAGGGCUUGGGGCUGGAAGUCGUUUACAAUAGUUUAUGAGAACAGCGACGGAUUAGUUCGUCUGCAAGAGUUACUGAAGGCCCACGGCCCUUCUGAACUACCCGUUUCAGUCCGACAGCUUCCCGAAUCACAUGAUUACAGGCCACUCCUGAAGCAAAUCAAAAAUUCGGCAGAAUCUCACAUUGUUCUGGAUUGUGCCACUGAGAGAAUUAGAGAUGUACUUCAACAGGCGCAGCAGAUCGGAAUGAUGUCGGACUAUCAUAGCUACCUCAUCACAUCUUUAGACUUACAUAGCGUAGAUUUAGAAGAAUUUAAAUAUGGCGGCACUAACAUAACAGCGCUAAGAUUAUUAGAUCCAGAAAGAUCGGAGGUGCAAAGAGUAGUACGCGACUGGGUUUACGAUGAGGCAAGGAAGGGAAGAAAAUUACAACUGGGACACACCUCGGCGAAGGAAAAUAUGACGUUUAUCAAGACGGAAACAGCGUUAAUGUAUGACGCGGUCCAUUUAUUCGCAAAAGCGUUACACGACCUUGACACAUCGCAGCAAAUAGACGUGCGCCCUCUUUCCUGUGAAGCGGAAGACACGUGGCCUCACGGAUACAGCCUCAUUAAUUACAUGAAAAUCGUAGAAAUGAAAGGCCUGACCGGAGUUAUAAAGUUUGAUCAUCAAGGUUUUCGUAGCGAUUUUUCCCUGGACAUUAUCGAACUGACACGAGACGGUUUGCAAAAAGCUGGCACUUGGAACUCUUCGGAAGGUGUCAACUACACAAGAUCGUACGGCGAAAAUCAGAAACAAAUUGUCGAAAUACUACAGAAUAAAACUCUCGUUGUCACCACAAUUUUGAGUGCUCCGUACUGCAUGCGAAAAGAAGCAAGUGAGAAGUUAACUGGCAACGCUCAGUUCGAGGGCUACGGGAUCGAUCUCAUUCACGAGAUAUCAAAAGUUCUCGGCUUCAAUUACACAUUCAAACUGGCCCCAGACGGUCGAUAUGGCUCUUUCAAUAGAGAGACUAAGGAGUGGGACGGAAUGAUAAGGGAGCUGUUGGAACAGAGAGCCGAUAUGGCUAUUGCAGAUCUUACAAUCACGUACGACAGGGAGCAAGUGGUUGACUUUACAAUGCCGUUUAUGAAUCUUGGUAUAUCAGUAUUGUACAGGAAGCCAAUAAAACAACCACCCAAUCUAUUCUCAUUUCUUUCGCCAUUAUCACUGGAUGUGUGGAUCUAUAUGGCAACUGCAUACUUGGGAGUUUCUGUUCUUCUAUUCAUACUGGCAAGGUUUACUCCGUACGAAUGGCACGAAACACGAACAACUGAAGGUGAAAAGAUGGAGAAUAUAUUUUCACUAGCAAAUUGCUUGUGGUUCGCAAUUGGAUCACUUAUGCAACAGAGCUGUGACUUUUUGCCCAAGUUCAGUCCGUACGAGUGGGACAGUCCCAGGAACUGUAUUGAUGAGCCGCCAGUGUUGGAGAAUCAGUUUACACUGUUGAACUCGCUCUGGUUCACCAUUGGAUCAUUGAUGCAGCAAGGUUCGGAUAUCGCGCCGAAAGCUGUUUCAACUCGAAUGGUCGCCGGAAUGUGGUGGUUCUUUACAUUGAUUAUGAUAUCCUCGUACACUGCGAACUUAGCAGCUUUCUUGACAGUGGAACGUAUGGAUUCACCCAUUGAAAGUGCUGAAGAUCUAGCAAAACAAACAAAAAUCAAAUACGGUGCAUUAAAGGGUGGAUCUACAGCUGCUUUCUUUAGGGAUUCAAACUUUUCUACAUACCAAAGGAUGUGGUCAUUUAUGGAAUCAGCCCGACCAUCAGUAUUUGCAAGCAGCAAUAAAGAGGGGGAAGAAAGGGUGAUGAGAGGAAAGGGGGCCUACGCUUAUCUGAUGGAAUCUACGACCAUUGAGUACGUAGUAGAGAGAAAUUGUGAUUUGACUCAAGUCGGUGGAAUGUUGGAUUCUAAGGGCUACGGGAUUGCCAUGCCUCCAAAUUCACCGUACCGUACCGCUAUAAGUGGCGCAGUAUUAAAACUGCAAGAAGAAGGGAAACUGCACAUUUUGAAAACAAAAUGGUGGAAGGAGAAACGCGGAGGUGGAUCUUGUAGGGAUGAAACAUCAAAAUCAUCUUCAACUGCCAACGAGCUAGGUUUAGCUAAUGUGGGGGGCGUUUUCGUAGUACUAAUGGGAGGAAUGGGAGUUGCCUGCGUCAUUGCUGUCUGCGAGUUCGUUUGGAAAUCUCGGAAGGUUGCGGUUGAUGAACGAAAGGAGGAGGUAAACUUUUUCUAGCUACAAAAUAUUCAACAAGUAUUCCUGUAUUGUACUUUGUUUUUGUUCGCCCAGGCGUCGCUUUGUUCAGAGAUGGCAUCAGAACUGCGUUCAGCGUUGAAGUGCCCAAGUGGCGGCAGCGGUACUGGAAGUGGGACACGAGAUGGGGCGGAUUCCCCCUACUUACACUAUGGGUUUAGUACAAAG